UGUUUUGAAAGAUCAGUCAUCUAUUGGCAGGCUUGACAAUGAGGUCGUUUUUGCUCGCGAUUCUGCUGGUAUUUGGACGAAGUUCGGCACAACUUGUAAUCGGAGAUGGCUCACCAUUAGGUGCGUAUAAUAGAGGCCAUCUAGGAAGUUACCACCAAGGAGGUCUAGAUAUCGGAGAACAUACUGGAGGUCCCCUUGGACCUGGAGAUCCAGAAUCCGUCCCAGAACUCAUUUCUGGAUCUAAUAGUGGAGGUCCUUUUGUCAUUAAGCCUCCUCAAAAAACUAAAUGGGUCAGAGAAAAAGGAGGUAGACUGAUUGAAGUCCCUAACCAUCAACAAGGAGGUUUAAUUUCCGGCGGAUUUGGUGGAGGUCCCUUUGGUAAUGGAGAUCCAGAGUCCGUCCCAGAACUUAUUUCUGGAUCUAAUAGUGGAGGUCCUUUUGCCAUUAAGCCUCCUCAAAAAACUAACUGGAUCAGAGAAAAAGGAGGUAGACUGGUUGAAGUCCUUAACCAUCCACAAGGAGGUUUAAUUUCCGAAGGACCCAGUGGAGGACCCUUGGGAAGUACAGGAACUGGAUAUCCAUUAUCCACCCAGGAACUCAUAACUAAAAAUCAAAUUCGGAAACUUCAGAAGCAAUUAAUGGAACUGCUUCUUGAGCAAUAGCUCAAUUAAAAUUGAAUUCAAAGGGGGGAAAACCUUAUCGAAUAAAUUCAAAUAAAUUAAAUCAAUCAUUUAAAA